UUUUUCAAAAUUUCAGUUCCACCAAAAUUUUUGUAAAUCUGUUUUAGUUUACAUAUUUUUUAUACUAUUUUAUACCGGAUUUACCAAAAUUACUAGUAUUUAUGAUGAGGGAGUGCAUCUCGAUACACGUGGGGCAGGCGGGGGUGCAGAUGGGCGUAGCAUGUUGGCAGCUAUACUGCCUCGAGCACGGCAUCCGCCCUGAUGGUACACUGCCCCUCUGUGAGACUGAACCGAACGCUACGGAUUCCUGCUUUAAUACCUUCUUUUCGGAGGCGGAUAGAGGCAAGAUGGUGCCCAGGGUGGUGAUGGUGGAUCUGGAGGAAACUGUUAUUGACGAAGUCCGCUCUGGCGAGUACCGCCAGCUCUACCACCCGGAACAACUGAUCACGGGCAAGGAGGACGCGGCGAACAACUACGCGCGGGGACACUACUCCACCGGCCGGGAGGUGCUCGGCCCUGUCAUGGAACGGGUCAGGAAGCUAGCUGACCAGUGCACGGGGCUGCAGGGUUUCUUCGUGUUCCACUCGUUCGGAGGCGGCACCGGUUCGGGGUUCACAUCGCUGCUGAUGGAAAAACUAUCUGAAGAGUUUGGCAAGAAGAGCAAGUUGGAGUUCGCUAUCUAUCCCGCGCCUCAGGUAUCUACAGCGGUAGUGGAGCCAUACAACGCCGUGCUCACAACGCAUGCGACGAUCGGCCACUCGGACUGCGCCUUCAUGGUGGACAAUGAGGCGAUAUACGAUAUUUGCAGGCGGAGACUGUCCAUCGAAAGACCGUCGUAUGCCAACCUGAAUAGGCUUAUUUCACAGGUGGUAUCAUCAAUAACCGCGUCGCUGCGGUUCGACGGCGCGCUGAACGUGGACCUGACGGAGUUUCAGACGAACUUGGUUCCCUACCCAAGGAUACACUUCCCGCUCGCUGCAUACGCGCCCGUGGUCUCUGCUGAUAAGGUGAUACUGGCGUACCACGAGGGCAUGUCGGUGUCGGAGAUCACGGCGGAACUGUUCGAGCCGCAGAACCAGAUGGUGAAGUGCGACCCGCGCGACGGCAAGUACAUGGCGUGCUGCCUGCUGUACCGCGGCGACGUCGUGCCCAAGGACGUGAACGCGGCCAUCGCCGGCAUGAAGGGCCGCGCCGGGAUUCGCUUUGUGGACUGGUGUCCCACGGGCUUUAAGGUGGGCAUCAACUACCAGCCGCCAUCGGUAGUGGCGGGCGGCGACCUCGCGCAGGUGAAGCGCGCCGCGUCGAUGCUGAGCAACACGACCGCCAUAGCGGAGGCGUGGGGCAAGCUCGACCACAAGUUCGACCUCAUGUACUCGAAGCGGGCCUUUGUGCACUGGUACGUCGGCGAGGGUAUGGAGGAGGGCGAGUUUACAGAAGCGCGCGAGGACCUCGCAGCACUGGAGCGGGACUACGACGAGGUGGCCAUCGAGACGUGCGACAUGCCGCCCGGCUGCGACGACGAGCUGUGAUGUUGUCUGACGCGCUGACGUCGAGCGUCUGACGCG